AUCAUGGCGUGCAGUAAGGGGACAUCAGUGCAGCAUCUGCUACUUUUCAACUGCUUGCUCAUUCUAAUCCUGUGUCUUCAGUACGGAGGAGGACAAAAGAAAAAAGAGAACCUGCUAAGUGAAAAAGUGGAGCAGAUGAUGGAAUGGAGUUCCCGUCGCUCAGUCAUCCGUAUGAAUGGAGACAAAUUUAGAAGAUUUGUGAAAGCACCACCCCGCAAUUACUCAGUAAUAGUGAUGUUUACUGCACUUCAGCCUCAGAGACAGUGUUCAGUGUGCAGGCAAGCUAAUGAAGAAUACCAGGUCCUUGCAAAUUCAUGGCGAUAUUCUUCAGCAUUUUCCAACAAACUUUUCUUUACCAUAGUGGACUAUGACGAAGGAGCUGAUGUUUUCCAGCAGCUCAAUAUGAACUCUGCACCAACAUUCAUGCAUUUCCCUGCAAAGGGCAAGCCUAAGAGAGCUGACACUUUCGACCUCCAACGAAUUGGAUUUGCAGCAGAACAGCUGUCAAAAUGGAUUGCUGACAGAACAGAUGUUCAUAUUCGUGUUUUUAGACCUCCUAACUACUCAGGCACCAUUGCAUUGGCCUUGUUAGUUUCCUUAGUUGGAGGGCUGCUUUAUCUAAGGCGAAAUAAUUUGGAAUUCAUCUAUAACAAGACAGGCUGGGCUAUGGCAGCUCUGUGUGUUGUGUUUGCAAUGACAUCAGGUCAAAUGUGGAAUCAUAUACGAGGACCUCCAUAUGCACAUAAAAAUCCACAGAAUGGUCAAGUGAGCUAUAUCCAUGGGAGCAGCCAGGCACAGUUUGUUGCGGAAUCACACAUUAUUCUUUUACUUAAUGCUGCUAUCACAAUGGGAAUGGUACUUCUUAAUGAGGCUGCUACCUCCAAAGGUGAUGUUGGAAAAAGGAGAAUCAUUUGUCUAGUUGGUUUGGGUCUUGUGGUAUUCUUCUUCAGCUUUCUCCUAUCAAUCUUCAGAUCAAAAUACCAUGGCUAUCCAUACAGUUUUCUAAUUAAAUAAAAUAUACAAUGGCACCAAUGAUGUAAACAGUUGCUACUGAAGAUGAAGUAUUACAACCACAAAACACAAUGGACUCCUUAUUAAACUUAUUAUCGUUAUUGUUUUGUGAAUUGAGUUAGAUUUUAAAAUUAGAAACUGUUAGCUUGGUGUAAGUUGUGUUAUGUAAAACAUUUAAAUGACGUAUCAGUGUUAUUUAUUAAAUGUACAUUGCUGAAAUAGUGCAUCUUGUGAUUAAACAUUUUCAUAAAACCAUAAUAUGUGUUUGAAUUAUGUUCUUGUGAUUAAACAUUUUCAUAAAACCAUAA